AUGCAAACGACGAAUGCGAGUAAUGAAGUCUGUGGGACGAUUGAGAAGAUUGAGUUGAUCAACUUUAUGUGCCACAAGCAUUUGGUAGUUGAUUUGUGCUCGCAAGUCAAUUUCAUUGUUGGAGAGAACGGGAGCGGGAAGAGCGCUAUACUUGUCGCACUUGCGCUGUGUCUUGGAGCAAAGGCGAAUUUCACAAAUCGAGGGAAACGGGCGUGUGAUGUGAUAAAGACGGGGGAGAGUCAGUGCAUCAUCACUGUGUAUUUAAGAAAUCGUGGGGAUGGAUGUUUGGAUCAAAGUGUGUAUGGGGAAUCGAUCAUAGUCGAGAAAAAGAUAUGUCGAGAAGGACAAAGCUCAUAUAAAAUCAUGGCGGUGAGAGCGGGAGAGGCACCAAAGCUCAUAGGAAGAAAGAUGUCUGAUUUGAAUGAAAUCAUCGACCAUUUUAAUAUCCCAAUAGACAACCCAUGUGUGCUAUUAAUGCAAGACACUUCAAAAACAUUUUUGACAGCGACACGGGCAGAGGACAAAUACAAAUUCUUCUUGCAAGCAACGCAAUUAGAAAAUAUACGAGACCAAUACACGUUGGCUGGAGAGUUGUGCGAGAAGGCAAAGAAGAAUGAAAUUGCAAAGAAAGAACAGGUCGAGACGAUGGAAAAGGAAACGCUCCGCCUUGAAGCGAUUUUGAAAGAUGGAGAAGGCGUUAAAGCAAUCAAAGAAAGAAUUAAAGCGUUGGAAGCGGAGGAGAAGUGGGCGCUCGAGAGAGACCAGCAGAACAAAGUUAACUCCAUUCAAAAGGAAAUCGAUGAAUUUCAGAAGAAACUCGAUGACAUGAACUUAAAUGAUUUUAAUCGAAGACUUGAGGAGAUAAAUACAAUCAGUGGGAAAUUGAGUGAUGAUUUGAACAAAGCGAGGGAUGUGGUUAUGAACUUGGAGAAAAGAAAAAAUGUGGAGAGUGACAAAAUGAAGACGGCGGACCGGAACACCAAAACAUUCAAAUUGGAAGUGGAAGAUGUCGAAAAACGAGUUGAGAGUUCGAAACGACGAGUUAAACUGAUUCGCGAUAACAUAGAAGAAGCAAGAAAACACGAUGCACGUGACACGGAGAAUGAACGAAUUGAGAAAGAGGAGAAAAUUAAAGCCGCAAUGAGCGAAGUUGAACAAGGCAAAAAGAAAGAAGAAGAGUUAAAGGAGCAACUGAAACCGCUUGAAAAGGAAAUGCAAGUGAAACAACAAGCGGUGAGAGGAUACGACGAUGAAAUUCGAGAGAUGCGAGGGGAGAUAGCCAACCAACAUAGUGAGAGGGGGAAGUUAGAGAAUCAGAAGAAAGAUGCGAUGUCGAUAUAUCAUCGAGACAUGACACUGUUCAUCAAUAAAAUUGCGAAAACGAAUUUUGAAUACCCCACAUAUGGGCCAAUCGGGUCGUAUGUCAAAUUGAAGGAUAACAAAUGGAAUUUGGCGAUAGAGAGUUGUAUCAAGAGAUCAACGUUGGCUUCUUUUAUUGUCCGGAGUGAAAAUGAUAAGAGGAAGUUGCGCGAGGUAGCGUCGUCGAUUGGAUUUGAUGUUCAGGUCUUUGUGUAUGACAUUAAAUAUGGCGAUGACAGAUAUAGAUGUGAGCGACCGAACUAUGAGACCAUUUCAAGUGUGAUUGACGUCCAAGAGAAUGUCGUGUAUAAUAUCUUAGUCGACCACAUUCAUGUUGAACAAAUUGCUGUUGCAGAAACACGGAAAGAUGCGAAAGCGUUGGUGGAGAGAGGCGCGACUUCAAUUUAUUUGCAAAAUGGGGCUAAUGUUAUGAAGGUGCAUAAGACAGAGGGUUUUUUCCCGUAUCGGAUACCCCCACGAACGAUUUAUGGAGGGCAGAACAUCGACGAUGCAUUGAAAGCGUUGGAUUUGCGCGUGAGAAACUUGAGUGUUGAAUUGAAAGGUAAAGAAGAAUUAAGGAAACAAGCGGAUGACGACAAAUACAAUUGGGGGAAACAAAUCAACGAGCUCCGUGCGCAACUCCGCGUUGUCGAACGCGAGACGCGGAAUGCGGAGAGUCGCAAGAAAGAAGCGGAGAAUAUAGCGAUAAAAGAGCCUGAGAGUGUCGAAGAGCUUGAAGCGUCUCUUAAAGUGUCGAUAGCAAAGUCGGAAGAAAUAGAGAAGGAGCGCGAGAAGAAGAAAGAAGAGUUUGAUGUACUCCAAAAGAGAUUGGAGGAGACGAAAGAAAGUUACCAGAAUGUCUGUGGAGAGAAGACACAAGCGGAGAACGAUCUAGCGGAGCGUCGAAGAACAUUUGAAGAAGUCAGAAAGCAAAUGGAGGAAACCAAAGCACAGGCUGAUGGGGUUGAAACGAAGAAGAAAGACAUUCGAGAAAUUUUACAGAGCAAAACUGAAGAUUUGGUUGCUGAGAUGCAGAAACAUGAUAAUAUCAAAAACGAAGCAAUUAAAUUUGAAAUGGUUCAGACAACUCGGAAGGUUGAAACAAUAGUUCUGGAGAAGAAGAAACUGGAGAAACGGAAGGAGAGAAUUAGUUCGGAGAAUAUCGACUACGAAGCCGUCGAGAGAGAAUAUCAAAAGAAGAAAGAGCAACUUGAGAAUGUUGGGGAACAAUUGACAAGUGUUACUAAUUUGUCAGACAUUUUGAAAGACGAGCUUGAGAAGAGAAAAGGAAAGUACAAAGAUUUGUUGCGGGUGACGUCGAAGAAGACGAUGGAAAUGUUUGACAGUUACUUAAAGAAGAAACCGAAUUGUAAAGGGAAGAUCAGGCUCGACCACACAAGACGAAUUCUAGACAUCGAAGUAUCAAUGGACAAUGAGAGAGAGCGAGACGCAAAGACUUUGUCUGGUGGGGAGAAGAGUUUCUCAACUGUCUGUCUGUUGCUUUCCCUGUGGAAUGUCGUUGAUUGUCCAUUUAGAGCAAUGGAUGAAUUUGAUGUAUUCCUCGACUCAGUGACAAGGAAAGUUGCUAUAAAUGCUUUGAUGGAGACCGCGACAUUUAACGACAGGAGGCAGUACAUUUUUAUCACACCACAUAAUCUUGAUGGGGUGCAAUCGAGUGACUCAGUUCAUGUGUUCAUGAUCAAUAGACCAGAUAGGGGUGUUAAUUGA